AUGAAUCAAGAUUUACAUGAUAAAUCCAUUGAUCAAAUUAAAAGAAGAAUAGAUAUGCUAGAAGAAAAUAUUCAAAUUGUUAAAAAAGAAAUACUUAAUCAAACUGAACAAAAAAAAGAUAUGCUAAAAUAUAUGGAACAAUACCAUAAAAAAAUGCAAUUAUAUAAAUCAACCCCCUAUCUAGUCGCUUCAAUUUAUGAAAUUUUAAAUCUAGACUAUAAUUACAUAACUACUGAUCAAACAGUCACUGAAACAAGUGAAAAACAAAAUAUAGAAAAAUCUAAAGCCAUAGUAAUAAAAACUUCAACAAGACAAAUACUUUACGUUUCUACUCCCGGUCUUCUAGAAUUUGAAGAUUUAUCCCCUCUAGAUUUAAUCGGUAUUAAUAGAGAUACCUAUCUAAUAAUUAAUAAAUUGCCCAUAGAAUAUGACUCAAGAGUUAAAACAAUGGAAUUAGAUACUGCCCCUAAAGAAGAUUAUACCUGAGUAGGUGGCCUAGAUACCCAAAUAGAAGAAUUACAAGAAGCAAUAGUUUUACCCAUGCUAACCCCUGAAAAAUUUGUAAAAUUAGGAAUUCAACCCUCAAAAGGUAUCCUUCUUCAUGGCCCUCCUGGUACAGGUAAAACUCUCCUAGCUAGAGCCGUUGCUAAACAAGUUAAAGCCUGCUUCAUUAAAAUAACUGCCCCUCAAUUAGUCCAAAUGUACAUAGGUGAUGGCGCUAAAAUAAUAAAAGAUGCCUUUAAAUUAGCAAAAAAUAAAGAACCUGCCAUAAUAUUCAUAGAUGAAAUAGAUGCUAUAGGAACAAAAAGAUCUGGUCAUAAUGAUAAUGGAUCAAGAGAAGUACAAAGAACAAUGCUAGAAUUACUAAAUCAAUUAGAUGGUUUUAUUGUUAAUGAAAAUAUAAGAAUAAUUGCCUGUACUAAUAGAGUCGAUAUUCUCGACCCUGCUCUUGUUAGAGCCGGAAGAAUAGAUAGAAAAAUAGAAUUUAAUCUCCCUAACGAAGAUGGUAGAAGAAAAAUAUUAGAUAUACAUUCAAGAAAAAUGGUAAUAAAUGAUGAUGUAGAUCUUAAUGAAAUAGCUAAAUCAACUCAAGACUUUAAUGGUGCUCAACUUAAAGCUGUUUGCGUAGAAGCUGGUAUGCUAGCCAUAAGAAAAGAUAAAGAUCAAAUCACUCAUGAUGAUUAUAUGGAAGCAAUAGAAAUAGUAAGACAUGGAAGAAAAAGUAAAUUAUUUUUUUACAUAUAA